UCAGACACGCAUAGCUGGCUUUAAGUCCACUGGGAAAGUUCCUGCAGCACUUCUGGAUAAAGAACUAAUUGUCUGUAGAGUUUUAUGUAUAUUUGUACGUCUCCUUGUGAAAAUCUGCGCACAGAACGUCCCUGAGUCGGACUUUUCUUCAGAGCGGUGGUCGGGAUGCCUGUCCUCGUAAACAGAGUCAACACCUGCUGGGGCGCGUUCGUGUAUGUCGCUUUACUCGACAGCAUCUUACGUGUGGGCACCAUUAAGGUGACAGUACCUGAAGGCCGCUUGACCGCAGUCCGAGGUCGCACAACCAUCUUGGGCUGUGAGUUCACCCCUGAGCCCGGUUCUGACCUUGCCAACCUGGUUGUUACCUGGCAACGGCAAGAGGACCUUCAUGUGGUCCAUAGCUACUACUACCAGCAGGACCAGUUGGAUCGACAGAGUGCGGAGUACCAUGGUCGCACAUCACUUUUCUACUCGGAGCUGAGCAAAGGAAACGCUUCGCUCAGGAUCAUAGAUGUCGGUCCAAGAGAUGUGGGCCGAUACCAGUGCAUGGUGAGCACUUCCAGUGGCACAGACAAAGCAGAGAUUCAGCUGGACUAUGGAGUAUUCUACACCGAGCCCAGGUUGAGCAUCAGCUUCAGCGCCAAAAAGGUGUCGGUGCAGUACGAGGCUGAAGGUUUUCCCAAGCCGGACGUCAAGUGGCUGGGAGAACAGGGCCAGAACCUCAGCCAUCACACGGAGGUCUUAGAGGGUGUGGAUGGAGACAUAGGACUCUAUCAUCUCAAGAGCAGCUAUGAGGCAGACACCCCUGCACUGAAUAUUACUUUUGUCCUAAGGAACGAACUUCUCCAUCAGGACCUGCAGAGACCCGUCAGCUUCAGCUAUGCUGAUGAUUCCUCUAAUGGAGUGGUCAUUACGCUUGCACUCUCUUGCGUUGUACUCAUCAUCAUUGUACUCAUUCUGAGCUGGUUGUACUGGAAGAAGAGGACAUGAACAGAGUGACUCAUACGGCUUCUAUGCAUCCACAAAAACCGAUCAAAAAGAAACACUAGGCUCUAUAAGUUGGUGGCACAGCGUCUGGCAUGUAUGUAUUUGCUGUAGGAUGUCUAAAACAGGCCCCUGGAGCGGAAAGCACAUUCACUAUUUUGAAGAAUCAUAUCAGAAAGCAGUGCUUCCUCUGCAACUGCAAAGAGAUAAAGUGGUCAUCAUGUGAUAAAGGAAAAUCUGGAUGGCAAUGAAUCACCUCCUCCCUCAGCCAAAAUCACUGACAUGGAACUGGACACUGGAAAUAAUACUAGUCGGUAAGCUAACUGAAACUGUGUGUUUGAAUGUAUGAAGCUCGACAAAAACACCACCGUUUGUCACACAAUCUUAUUCAAAAGUCCGAAGACCUCCAUAAGUGAGCAUUCAACAGGGACAAAAUUAAGUUUGCUUUUCUCAGCAAAUUUUAAUGUGGUAUUUCUAGAUAUUUGCUGACUUUAACAUAUUGAGAAGAAUAGUAACUAAAUUAGUGUUUAAUUGAAAAAAAAAUAAAACAAUAAUUGUGCAUUUUACAACCGCAAUUCCAAUGAAGUUGGGACAUUGUGUGAAACAUAAAUAAAAACAGAAUACGAUGA